AUGGUACAGAGUGUGCUUCACCAGAAAUACAAAGUUGGCGUUGUUUCGGGCGGAAAAGUGGUGUUUCCACGGUCCAGCAACAGGUCGUGCAGCGCGAAGACGGUGACGCUUCUAACGCACGACCAGAGCGGGGUGAUCGUGCCGUUCAAUAACCAGCUGAAGAUCUACUCCCUCGAGACACGUCAGUGUGUCAAGACACUGAAAUAUGCCAACAACAAGCAGCUCACGGAACAGUUUUUGGGUCCCACAGCAGGUCAGGUGUGCGACCUAGCACUCGGGGACGUGACCCAAGAGCAGCAAAAGCAGCAGGAAGGUUUGGAAUCGAUUGACGAUCGAGAAAAACACAUCAGUGUGUUUUCCAGCUCUGGCAGCGUGACAGUGGUCAACUGCAAAGGUCGUCUCGUCGAGGAGGCCAAAGUCGUGGAGCUGGGUGGCAGCUUCGCACACAACGAAAGUCUCGUGAAGGUGUUCCAAAACGAUGCCAAGACCGUGCUGAGAGCGCUAACAUCGGCCCAGGAAUCGUCCACUGCCUACACGUACAGAAUGUACGAUUACAACAGAACUGAACAAAAGCUCGUUGAGUGUCGAAAAAUCGAACACGUCUUGCUCACAGCGUGGUCCGCAAACGGCCAGCAUUUGUGUGCACUCACAAAAGACCAGAGCAGCAAAAAGGUCCUGACUCUGUGGUCUGUCUUCUCCUCAGACAGCAGCAGCAGCAGCUACGAUGAAAACGAGUUGCAACUGCCGCUCCCCAUAACAUCCAGCUCUGCGAAUGCGUCUCCAAAUUCGCAGUUUGUAACCGUGAUGGCGCUCGACAACAACUGCACCCAGCUGGCAAUUGGGUUUGCCUCCGGUGUUAUCAACGUCUUGAAUCUACAAGACCAUUCCAGUCGACUCCUCAAAUGGCACAUCGACUCGGUUCUUUCGCUAUGUUUCACCCCGGACGGCUCGUAUCUUCUGUCCGGUGGAUGGGAGAAAGUAUUGAGUCUCUGGCAAUUGUCCACAAAUUUGCAGCAGUUUCUACCCCGCUUGAACGGUGUUGUGGUCGACUGCGACAUCGUCAACGACAAAUUCUACAGUUUGGGCCUACAGCUGACAGAAAAUCAAACGAGUUCGGACUAUCAGCUGCUGAUACUAAAUUCGACAGAUCUGAACUCAAGAGUCUCUGUUAGUGGUCCUCUCUGCGUAUAUCAAACAGCCAUAAAAGACGUGGUUCUCCCCAUGUCCGCUGUUUCUUCUAAAGCGUCUGCCCUGCCAUCGGAUGUGGGCAAGUCUUCCAAAAAGCAGCAAAGAAAACUCAAGCGCAAGAGACAAGACUAUAGCUCUAUAUUCGAGGUGCAGCCCAAAACUAAGCAUCUGUACUUCCCGCACAUCUCAGCCGUGCAGGCCUACGAUUUCUACAAAAACGAGCAAGUGUCAUACCAAUAUCUAGCAUCUGGCGUUAACAAUUCGAUGGGUAAAGUAAGGUCUGAAUUGAACCUAAAGGAGCCUACUAUAGCGGAUGUCAAGUUCACCAAGGAUGGGAAAUGGAUGAUUUCCCACGAGAUUGAGUUCUCUCCCGACAACUUGCUAUCAUCAAACGACCUGCAGCAUGUCUUAAAGUUUUGGCGCGGGUCUGAAACCGGGGACUGGGUUUUGGAAACCAAAGUCAUCAGUCCUCACGGGGUAAAGGCACCUGUGACAAGCAUUUUGGUCGCACCCAGAUCUGUGAACAACUCCUACGGGUGUCUGACCGCUGACAACAACGGUGGCCUCAAAUACUGGUUCUACAACGAGAAGGUCUCUAACUGGCAACUUUCCAAAGUAAGCUCCCCCAACAACAAUCAUUUCAGUAAUUCUGUUGAACUGGCUUGGUCUAUUGACGGAAGCCUGAUAUUUCAUGCAUUCGACGACAAAGUCACCGUCCUAGAUUUCAACACUUUUGGGAAGUUCAAGAAGGACUCCGAGGGCGCAUUUAACGAAUUCACAAUGGAUUCUUCGGUUCAAUCCCUAAUGCUGGUCAACGAUUCAAACCUGAUAGUUGCGACUCAGACGACCCUGAACGCGGUAAACUUGCUGCUGGGCGAAGUUGAAGGAGCAUUUGAUUUAUUUCCGUACGUCAACGGCGUUUACAGAAACGGUCAUUUAGCAAGGUUGAUGAGUUGUGACGAGAAAAACGGUCGCAUAGGUUUUGUCGUAAAUCAGCAGAACCCGGACGACAGCAAACAACUCCCUGCAAAGCAUACAUCUCGCGUUCUUGUCUUUAACGCAGAUUUGACUCAGAGACUCGGCUCAUUUGUACACGAUGAGUACAUUUCCUGCAUUAGAUGGAAUCACGAUACGGAUUUCAUAUUUUUGGAUGUCAAGAAUAGACUGGGCGUCGUUAGCACUACUACUAGCUCUGAAAUGUUCGAGGAGGUCGACAAGGAUGCAGUUCUGGACCAAUUGGGCACCAGUCGUUUUGAAUCGGAAUUAAACAAAUUGGCAAGCUCCAAAAGGAAUGCUGCUGACGGUAUCGAGGAGCACGAGGCAACGGAACAGGAGGAGGCAACGCUCGGUUUCAUCAACGGAGAAAAAUCUCAAAAGCUACUAAACAUGAACAGCUUUACCAGCAUGUUCGAGAAUCUGGAAAAUGUUCAAAUGGACACAUUUUUUGAUAGAAUAUUAAAAGUAAUUUCAUAG